UGGGUUAGAGCAACAGACUCGACGCAUAUAAAUGGUCCAACUGUACUACUACAUAGCCAAGGGCCUUCUGUUCUGAAUUUCCACUCAACGCUCUCUAAACCGCAUAUGCACUCACUUAACGAAUCAAUUGAGGGCUUCACGCCAUCCGAUGUUGCCAGUGUAUGGGUAGCAUCUAGAUUGAGUGGUACAGACACCAUAACACUUAGAUCACCGGAUGGGAAGUUCUUGGCUGCAGAUAAGCACGGUAGUGUAUCAGCCAUGAAUGAAGCUAGAGGUCCAAAUGAGCAGUGGAGACCAAUUAUACAACAAGAUAGUAGUAUAGCUUGGAUGUCAAUAUACGAUAAAUUCCUCUCCUUGGAUGAGGUCGCUGGUGGUAACAUUGUACUCAGAGCAGAUAGCGAUACUGUAGGAUUUGGAGAAACAUGGUCUGUGAAGGUACAAGCCAAAUACAAAUAUGAAGGUGAACGCGAGAAACUCAGGCAAGCUAAGAAAUUGAGUGAUGCUGGCGGUAUUGAUAUCAGCUUAGAUGACGAGGAGCAACAUACAUUCCAAGCUUACGGAAAAGCAGCGGAGACAACAGCAAGUGAUAGGAAGAAUCUUUCCAAAGCCAAACAAGAGGGUAAACUCAACGAGGCGCUGCUAGACAAACGAAGCAAAACCAAGAGGUAUGUUCAGAUAUGUUACAUGCUGUCAUAA